GCCUGUUGGCCCCGCUGCAAAGGGUUAAAAAAAGUUCCCUUUUACUUGAUCAACCGAAUGAAGAAAAAUUGCCUGGCUGAACAAUUUUAAGUUCUAAUUGUCAUUUUUCGCUUCCCGUAUUUAAAGAGAGGCGUUCAUACGUAAGACUUUGAUCCGAAUACCCCGGACCAGUUCGCCACUUUUAUCGGCCGAUAUCUUUUUUUAUCUUUUCUGCCUCGACUUUUUUUUGUACAUCAAAAUCCGCGCGGUGGGGGAAACCAAUUUGGGUCGUUUUUUUUGGUGAUUGGCAGCACUUAACUUCUUUGUUAUCAACCACACCGUAACACCUUCUCUCACCGGUCAUGGACGGAACAAAUAGCUUCGGCGGCGCAUCGCCGCCAAACGUUGACGAGGACAUUGAUCUCUACGAACUCUUGGAGAUCGACAGGUCCGCCAGUGCCUCGGAUAUAAAAAAAGCAUACCACAAGGCAGCGCGCCAACACCACCCGGACAAGGUCCCCGAGGACCGUAAGGAAGAGGCUGAGGCGACGUUCAAGGCAAUCCAGCAGGCGUACGAGAUCCUCCGCGACGAUGACAAGCGCCACCUUUAUGACACGCACGGCAUGGCCGCCUUUGACCCGUCCCGCGGCCCCGCCGGCCACGGCGGCAUGGGCGGCAUGGGAGAAGACGACUUGCAGGACCUCUUUGCGUCCAUGUUCAUGGGCGGAGGGAUGGGUGGCAUGGGAGGCAUGGGAGGCAUGGGAGGCAUGGGCGGCAGGGGCGGCCCCAGGCGGCCGCAGCGAGGCGCCGACCAGGAGAUACCGCACGAGGUGACGCUCGAGGAGCUGUACAGGGGCAAGACGGUCAAGUUUGCCAGCAGCAAGCGCGAGCUCUGCGCCGUCUGCAAGGGGUCGGGAGCCAGGGAGAAGUACAAGCCGCAGGACUGCGACAAGUGUCAGGCCAGCGGGUUCCGCAGGGUCCUGAAGCAGGUCGGCCCGGGCCUCGUGUCGCAGGACGUCGUCGAGUGCGACCACUGCCACGGCACCGGCAAGUACGUCAAGGAGAAGGAGCGCUGCAAGAAGUGCAAGGGCAAGACCACGCUGCCCGUCACCAAGGCGCUCGAGAUCUAUAUCCCCAGGGGAGCGUUCCACGGAGAGAAGGUGGUGCUCGAGGGCGAAGGGGACCAGCUGCCGGGCCAGACGCCCGGGGACAUCAUCAUCGUGCUGGUGGAAAAGUCACACGACACCUUCACCCGCAUAGGGCACGACUUGUCGGCCGAGCUCAACGUCACCCUGGCCGAGGCCCUCAUGGGCUUCUCGCGCGUCGUGCUCAAGCACCUCGACGGCCGCGGUCUGCACCUCGAGCUUCCCCGGGGCAAGGUCCUGCGUCCGACCGAGAUCCUCAAGGUACCCGGCGAGGGUAUGCCGCACAAGCGUGGCGAUGCCAAGGGUGACCUGUACCUCGUCGUCAAGAUUGAGUUCCCAGAAGACGGCUGGCUCAAGGACGGCAGCGACUACGAGGCUUUGCAGAAGCUCCUCCCGCCACCAGCGGCGCCCAUCACGGCGGACGAGGUGGACGAUGUGGAGUAUGAGAGGGACGCAGACAUCGAACAGAUGGGUGCUUCGGCUGGAGAACAGGGUGGGUCAGAGUGGGAGGAUGAAGAAGAGGCUGGACCCCAAUGUGCUACUCAGUAGACGGACGUCCGACAUGGAAAAACCCGUUGAUGCCAUCCAAUUUCAAUCAACAUGAGAAGCCUGCGUUCAUCUGUAUUUAGAUUUAGACUUCGGUUGUGUUGGUAGGCGUCCAUCGUGCUUUUUAAUUCCAGGCCUAAUCCAUCCCCAAAACGCCGACCGCCGGCCCCAAGUGAGUUCGUUCAAACAUGUGAAAAAAGUUGAGGCCUAAACCCCGG